AUGACUGUUGGAGCGUACCAUUACGCGGCAUCAAGCGCAGAGACUGGCGCUGAUCUAGCAGUUUGGAACUUUCUGGGCAAAUAUCAAUCUCACCAUUUGCCAAUUAGAGAAGUUCUAUUCGGACCACCCUUGAGCGGAGGGUCUGUACCCCGUCUGUUUACUCUUGCAGAGGACUGUAACUUUAUUGAGUACGACCUGGAGAACAGCGGACCGUAUCCAGAACCCGGUUUAAAGAUUUUUAAGGUAAUCUGUAUAGAGAGUUCAGCAAUUCCUCUUUGUAUGGCUUGGUAUCCAAAAUUCGAAGUAGAGAGAUUCUUCGUAUUUUCUAAUACAGAGCACAAAUUCAAACUGUUGAACGACUGUACGAAACUGAUUCAAGGAACGUACCUUGGUCCGUCUUCCGGGGCUCCAGUGGCCAGGAUAACAGUAAGAACUUGA